AUGUUUAAAAAAGAACCACGUGUGAAAGCGCUGAGUAAUCUAAAGAACUCAGAUCGUAAGAAACUUUUGAAAACGUUACAAACGCAAUUAAAAGUUGAAGAUGUUCUAAUACCUUCCGAUUCAGAAGUUAAACAAACUAAUUUCACUACACAACACUCUAUGGGUACCAUAUAUACCAAUGAUCAAAAUGUUCCCAUCCUGGUGAAAGCGAAAAACCAUGAUAUAUUAUAUCCUACAGUUUUCACUUGUUGGUCGAACCCUGAUCUAUUACCAUUGAUUAGAACUCAUGAUUUAGUCAUCGAACAUCUAUAUAACGGUGCAAAUUUGAUGGUUGCUGGCACAUUACCACCGUUUGACAACAGACUGACCCCUGGUACUGUAUGUGGUAUUGUAAACUAUACUAAUCCUAAAGUUGUCAUUGCUGUAGGUGUAAUUGACAUGGAUAUGAGCAGGUGUGAUACAGUUGUUGGAAAGAAAGGUGUUGCUGUCGAAAUUAUUCAUCAUUUAGAAGAUUGUUUAUUUCCUACCUUUAAAGUUAAAUUAGAAAUGCCUGUCGUUGAUAGCAUACAAGAUAGUGACGAAGAAAAUGCGGUGUCCAAAGAAGAACUGGAUAUCGAGGAUAACACAGCAUCUGUAUCAGAAACCUCUAUCGAUGAUCUAGCCACAGUGUUGGAUAAACUGAGUGUGCAAGAUGUUGAUCAUUUUAUUACAAGGGCACUCUAUUACACUAUUGUAGUGGAUGAUAAAGUUCAGCUACCAAUGAAUGCAUCCAAUUUUAUCUCUAAUCAUAUUAUGCAUAAUCUACCUGACGUGGACCAUAACGAAGUUAAUAUUAAGAAAUCAUCAUGGAAAAAGACAGCCAAAUUUUUAAAACAUUUUGAGAAACUUGGAUUUUUAAAAUUGAAAGGUAAAGAUGACAGUUUAGUAGUGACAUCAUUAAAUAAGGACAAAGAUGAAUUAAAACACUUCUCAAGUUAUAAAAUUGGUGGUAGUAAAAAACAAACCAAGGAUGAAACUUCCGUUGGACAAAAUGGUGAGAAAUUAGAUCCUAAAAAUGAUCUAAUUUUAAAUACUAUAUAUAAACCUAUGAACUUGGGGAAGACAUUAAUGACUAUCGAUGAUACUCCACUGAAAAGAUACUAUUCGUCUACUGAGGUGAGAGAUGCUAUUCAAAAUUAUAUCAAGGAGAAAAAUCUUGUAGAUAACAAGAAUAAAAAAAUGAUUUUAUUAGACGAUUUAUUAUUUAAUAUGAUAAACAUAAAGAAAUCGCAAGCCGCUGUAGCACCACGUACUGUUCCAAGAUCUAGUGUUCUAGAGCCAAUAUUAAAGAAUAAUUUUGGUGAAUUCUUUCAACUCUAUAAAAAUAACGGCGAGACACCGAUCUUUAAAGAACCGUUGAAAGGAGCAAUGCCUCAUGUAAAGAUUGUCACUGAAAUGAAGAUUGGUCGUAAGAUAGUAACAAGAGUUUCAAAUUUUGAAAUCUUUCAAAUCACGCCUGAGGCACUUGCUGCAGAUUUAAGGAAGAUCUGUAGUGGUUCUACUACAAUUGGUGAAUCGCUUACAGCUAAAAAGACUGCAGAGGUUCAAGUACAAGGUCCACACGGGACCCUCAUCAUUGAUCAUUUGAACAAGUUGGGUGUUCCAGGUAAAUGGAUCGAUUUUGAGAACAAAGUUAAAAGUAAGAAGAAGCGUUAA